AUGAAUAUCGUCAAGGCGUCCUCAUCUGGUCAUAUCAUUGAAUUCAAUCAAGACACUGGUACUGGUUUUAUUGAAGAAGAUACAACAAAACAAAUUUUAUUAGUUCAUUUCAAUAGUUUCAAACGCCGCUCGAGAAGAUACUUAACGGGCGACAACAGAUAUAUUGGUGAAUUAUUUGAUUUUGAUAUUAUUGUCAAAGAAAAAACUGAUGACAAUGCUACUGAUACAUUAGAAGCAGUAAAUGUUAGACAUCGUGUAUUGAAAUGUAAUGUUGAAGGAUGUUCACGUAUUAAAGCAUUUACAAAUGUGAAAGCAUUGGAAGAUCAUAUUAAUAUUAGGCAUUUAUCAAAGAAGAAAGAACUAGAAACAUCUCAGCCCUCAUCAGUUGUAAAGAAAAAGUCAAAUAAAAGACGUCGUCAGCGUCCUCAACCAAUUCUAAUCACAUUAAUAUAUAAUGUAACAGAUGCUACCAUUGGUCGUUUUAUUGGUAAACAUGGUGAUAAUCUCAAACGAAUACAACAGCAGAAUCAAGUCAAACUUCAAUUGCUCAACAUUCGACAAGCGUAUAAUCCUUUACAAAUUCUCAUUAAACCGAAUCCAGGUAUUAAAAUUGAUAUCAAUUUAGUUACUAAAAGCUUAAAAUCUGAAUGGGAACGCAGUGUACAUGAACAACAAGCACAUGAACGAUUUCGAGUACAACGAUCAGAAUCAAGUGACUCAUCGGAAGAACUAACGUCUUCUCUAUUUGAUAAGGAUUCACGAUAUAGAGCUGAUUCAAAAAAUCAGCAUGACAAGCAAUUAAAACAACGUUUACGACGUCAAACAGAGCCAUCAGUAAGAGUUCAAGAAUGUCAUUCAAGUCUCUAUCUAGAAGGACAUCGUUCAGUAGCAACAUGUGACAGUGUAUAUAGACAAAAAUCGAUAUUUAAUUAUUUUCACCCAAAGAUAAAGAAAAGUAUGAAAGAAAAACAAUGGUUGGUGAAUGAACAAUUACAAGAUUUAGAACAAUUUUCUGAUUAG